UAAUGUUCAACAAAUAAUUGGUAAUCAGUGUUAGUGAUUUAUACAAAGAAACUAUUAUAGAUCGGAAGCUCAUUGUUACUUGUACACCUUAUUGAUAAAGUUCUUACUUUGCGAUUUAUGAGACGGAUAAAAGACUGAAUUUUAUUAUUGAUAUUCGGUUAAGAUUUAUGCAAAAAUUAUAGUAUUGAAGACGUUAAAACAACACUUUAACCUACUCACAUAUAAAAUGUGCUCAACUAAUUAACUAAGAUAAAAAUUGAUUAGAUAACAUCAGGAAUUAUGAAACAGAUUGUAUGCCAAUUUCCUCAGAUACAAUUUGAAGGAGAAGUUUUUCAAGAUUUUUGGAAAAAUAAUGAUUUACAAAAGAAAACAACCGAAAUAUCAAACAGUAUUUUGAUUCAAUUUCCGGAUGUUAAUGAGUUUAACGUGAAUUCAGCUAGCAUAUCCCCAAGAUCGAACAUUCUGUUAAACACACCAAAAACUCCUGAAUUAUGCUAUCAACGCUUCAAUACACCAUGUUCAGAAGAUAUUUUCACCAGAUAUAAGGGAUUAGCAAUUGAAAGGGCAGUAAAAUUAGAUGAAAAAAGACAACAGAAUUUGCUUAUACAUCAAACAACAGCUGAGAUUGGUGUAGCACUUGGAUUAUGGAGAAAAAUUCAUAAACUGCACCAACACAUUGAGAAUAUUCAUAAAACACACGAAAAACAAAAUCAUGUUCAUGAACUACGCUUAUGUCAUACACAAAGAAAUUGGGAGAAUUUUCUGAAACGAGGAAAAAGAAUAGCUGAUUUACAAAAACAAAGAAGUAUUGAAAAGAUCCAACUUGAUAGACGAAAAAUGGAAAGAAUUAAAGCACAGAAUGAACUAAUUGAAAAAUUAAAAUCUAAUCGUGAACAAAUGAAAUAUCUUGCAAAUAUUCAUAAGGAAGUAAGAAAAAUGUAUCAACUAACUCAAGAUCAUAUAAAUUAUGAAAAACGAUUAUUGAACAGAAAGAAGUAUACUGAAGAAAAGUUUCAACAACUUUUAAACUUACAGAAUUAUACAAAUGAAAUAAGAUACGGUUUAAACAAAUCAGUUGAAACAGUUAAACAACAUCAAAAUCAAUUAGUUGAAACAGUUCGAUGGAAUCAAAUAUGCGAUAAAUUUAAUAUUGAAACCAGUAUACAAGAACGUAGAGCAAAAGAGAUAAAAUCAAUUAACGAGCAUACAAAACAAUUACGUAAACAAAAGAUUAUAAAAAUUCCUAUAUCAAUGAAGCCAAAUAAUUUGACUUUGAAUAUUUUUCAACAUUGA